AUGCAGCUCGAGCGUUGCGUCUCGCCAGCUCUCGCGCGCUCCCAGAGAUGCAUGAUUGUGGGCAGUGGCUACGCAGAAGGAUCUGAGCUCUCCUUACAGGACUACCCCAUUAUAUCCAUCGGCGACAACCUGGAGAGAAGUUCACCUCUGAAAAAAAACUCCAUUGGGAUGACGAAUCAGUCGGAGGCAGACAGUUUCGGCGACUCUAAGGACUCAUCGGGGGACGUCCAGCGCGCCAAACUCUCUCCUGAUCUUGACGGAGUCGCCGACAGUCGUCAUCAUUUCGAUGGACCUGCAGGAGAAAGGUAUCUCCUGUCUCAGUCCAGUCAAGUUCAGCCGAGUCCCACCACCAUGUUUCCCUAUCCGAGUCAGCAUGGACCGACGCACCCGGCUUUCUCCAUCGGCAGCCCGAGCCGGUACAUGGCUCACCAUCCGGUGAUAACGAACGGAGCCUACAACAGUCUUCUGGGCAACUCAUCGCCGCAAGGUUACCCCACCGCGGGCUACCCGUACGCGCAGCAGUAUGGACACGCGUAUCAGGGCACAGCUUUUUAUCAGUUUUCCUCCGCUCAGGCCGGCCUCGUGCCUGGUAAAGCGCAGGUUUACCUCUGCAAUAGGGCCCUGUGGCUUAAAUUUCACAGACAUCAAACGGAGAUGAUUAUUACCAAACAAGGACGGCGAAUGUUCCCGUUUUUGAGUUUUAAUAUAUCUGGACUUGACCCGACUGCUCACUACAAUAUAUUUGUUGACGUUAUACUUGCGGAUCCGAACCACUGGCGCUUUCAAGGAGGAAAAUGGGUCCCGUGCGGAAAGGCGGACACAAAUGUAACAGGGAACAGGGUGUAUAUGCAUCCGGAUUCACCAAACACUGGUGCACACUGGAUGCGUCAAGAGAUUUCCUUUGGAAAACUUAAACUAACCAAUAACAAAGGGGCAUCUAAUAAUACAGGACAGAUGGUGGUCCUGCAGUCAUUGCAUAAAUACCAGCCUCGCCUGCAUGUGGUGCAGGUGAACGAGGACGGAACCGAGGACACGAGCCAAGCGGGGCGCGUGCAGACGUUCACCUUCCCUGAGACGCAAUUUAUCGCCGUUACCGCUUAUCAAAAUACUGACAUCACACAGCUAAAAAUUGACCACAAUCCAUUUGCAAAAGGAUUCCGUGAUAAUUAUGACACUGUCUACACGGGUUGCGACAUCGAUCGGCUGACGCCGUCCCCGGGUGACUCUCCGCGCUCUCAGAUCAUGCCUAGCGCGAGAUAUGCCAUGACUGGUUCUUUCCUGCAGGACCAAUUUGUCAGCUCGUAUGCCAAGUCCCGCUUUCACCCUGGCGUCGGAGGCGCUCCUGGCAGCGACCGCAGCGUCCCACUUACUAACAGCUUGCUCUCCCCGCAACAAACCGACGAGACCACGGUGGCCUCCCCGCAGCGAUGGUUUGUCACCCCUGCCAACAACCGACUGGACUUCGCCGCCUCGGCGUACGAAGCAGCCGCGGCUGCCGAUUUCGCCGGUAACGCGGCCACCCUGCUGUCGUACGCAGCUGCCGGAGUUAAAGCGCUGCCCCUGCCCGGGGCGGGAUGCUCCAACAGACCUCUGGGGUAUUACGGUGAACCGCCCGGGUGGGGCACUCGCACCCCGCCGCAAUAUUGCAGCAAGUCCAGCUCCGUCUUGUCGUGCUGGCCCUCCAACUCCGUGGGGACCAGAACGACCUCCUCGGGUUACCUGGUACCUGGCCUGGAGGACGGUGACGCCAUCGCGCCAGAAAGGUCACCGCUUGGCGGGGCGGAUGACUCCAAACCCAAGGACCUGUCUGAAUCCAGCUGGAUAGAGACCCCGUCCUCAAUUAAGUCCAUCGAUUCGAGCGAUUCUGGGAUUUUUGAGCAAGCCAAGCGGAGGAGGAUUUCGCCAUCUGCCACCCCGGUUUCAGAGACUUCGUCUCCAUUAAAAUCUGAAAUGUUAACGACGAGGGAAUGCGAGAAAAACUGCUCCAAGGACAUCGGCUACUACAGCUUUUAUCCCCACAGUUAGAGAAAUUACGCACGGCACAGACUUGGUUCGAGGAUCCAUAAGUGAUUUAUCAUCUAUUUAUUCCUAUUUAUGUGCUUAUUUAUUUAUUAUUUGGGUAUUUAUUAAUGCCCACGGCCGGACGCAACCAAGCCUGCAUCGAAAAUCUUGACACUUGAGCAGAGAUGUAUGCUGUUUUCCUUUCCAAAUGACAUUUAUUUAAGGGUUUACCCAUUAAGCUUAUUGUAAGUAUGAAAGGACUGUACAUAUUUGUACUUAUCUAUCUCUUUGUGUUUUUUUCGUUGUAUGUUGAUGUACAAUAUGGAAAAACAAUUUAGCUUCAUGUUUAAUGUACUUAGAAGACGUUCGAAUAGCUGCAUAUAUUCUAUAUUUUAUUGUCUGAGAAAAAAGUCGUAUAGGCUCCCUUUUCCAGUUUUUCUUAUGACAAAAAACUCAUGGUGUGCUGGAAUUGGAGGUAGCUGCUCACCUGCUGAAGAGCCACCAAAUAGAGACAUGAUUGACACGUGUCUGUCAGACGUCCAAUCUUCAUGUAAGCUUUUAUUGAUGUUGCUUUUAGAGUCGCGUUGUCUGUUCGAAAAUACCAUAGUCUGUAGUUUUAUUGUUGGUGCCAUUUCCAUUUUGUGAACGUUAUUGUAAAGUUGUCAGGGUAUAUGUUUGACCCAUGCGUAAAAUCAUCUCAUUACCUUUUUGUAGAGAUAAAGCCUAGACUGCCAGUUCACGUUUAACCAACGAAAAUAUUUUCAUUUGUAUAAUAUGGACUGUUUUCUCAUUAAAAACGCGAGAUAGGCCUGCAAAUGUGUAAAGGUAAUGUAACUGUGGUGUGUUUAUCUACAAUAAAUAUGACCGAAUGUGAAACCCUGGCGAAGUACACAAGGUCCCGGCUGCGAAUCCAAAUAAUUCUGUUUCAUCAUUCGUUGCCUGUUCAGUAAAGGUCUAUCGAGGUCAUCAAGUCACAAUGUCAAUGUUUUGCCAGUGUUUUUGCCUGUAUGA